UCGGUGACCUGGCUGCGAAGGGCUCUCUGGCGUCGGAUCCCGCGGGAAAGGUGUUUCGUGAUCCUCGGCAGCCAGUGUUGGCACCGGGAGCAUCCCUUGGGACCAAAUGUGCAGUGGACGAUGCCCCUGCUAACCCCACAGAUCCAAGACGAGAAUGACUACAGCUUAGUGGCCAGCCUUGACAACGUUAGGAAUCUCUCCACUAUCUUGAAGGCUAUUCAUUUCCGAGAACACGCUACGUGUUUCGCUACUAAAAAUGGAAUCAAGGUUACAGUGGAAAAUGCAAAGUGUGUGCAAGCAAAUGCUUUUAUUCAGGCUGGAAUAUUUCAAGAGUUUAUAGUUCAGGAAGAGUCUGUUACUUUUCGAAUAAAUUUAACUAUCUUUUUAGACUGUUUAUCUAUUUUUGGAUCAAGUCCUAUGCCAGGGACUUUAACUGCACUUCGGAUGUGUUACCAAGGUUAUGGUUACCCUUUGAUGCUAUUUCUGGAAGAAGGAGGAGUGGUGACAGUCUGUAAAAUCAAUACUCAGGAGCCCGAGGAGACUCUGGAUUUUGAUUUCUGCAGCACCAACGUUAUCAAUAAAAUUAUUCUGCAGUCAGAGGGGCUCCGUGAAGCAUUUUCCGAAUUGGAUAUGACGAGUGAGGUGCUACAGAUCACCAUGUCUCCCGACAAGCCUUAUUUCAGGUUAUCUACUUUUGGGAAUGCGGGAAGCUCCCACCUUGAUUAUCCCAAAGAUUCUGAUUUGAUGGAAUCAUUUCAUUGUAACCAGACCCAGGUGAACAGAUACAAGAUUUCCUUACUGAAACCCUCUACAAAGGCCUUAGUCCUGUCUUGUAAGGUAUCUAUUCGAACAGAUAACCGAGGAUUCCUCUCAUUACAGUAUAUGAUUAGAAAUGAAGAUGGACAGAUAUGUUUUGUGGAAUAUUACUGCUGCCCUGAUGAGGAAGUUCCUGAAUCAGAGUCUUAAGUAGGGCCUUCCCUGUGAUUUCUACCUGAACAUUCAUGAUAGGUCACAUCCUCAUUCUGGGUAUAGUAUUUCCAGGAGACUGGGUUUUCUAAAGGGAAGAAGCAUGGAGGAGACGCGAACAAGGUCCAUGUACCCUAAUAGUUGCUGUAUAUUUUGUAAGUAAAUGUUUACAUAUAGUCAUGGAUUACCCACUACUGGACUAUCCUUCAGUUCUGUUUUUUGAACUCAUCGUUAUGAGCCAAGAUGAAUAAUCUAUUUAAGUCAGACAUUUCAAGGGUCUAAAAAUUUAAAGUUUGAUGAAUUCAUACCUGAAAUGUUCUUUUAUUUACUAUUAGAAAGAGCAGCUGCAUAUGGGCAUUACUUAUUAGUUUGAAUUCCGAAGAAUUUAUCUUAACAGUGGUUCUCAAAGUGUGACAUCUAGACCAACAGCAUCACCAUUACCUGGAAACUUGUCAGAAACUCUGGAGGUGGGCCAGUAAUCUGUAGCUUAAGAAGACUUUCCCCCAGGAAAUUCUGAUGCAUGCUAAUGUUGGAGAAC